UAUGAGGAAGUAAGGAGGCCUGUGAGAAGCGGAAGAGAACACCUGUUACCAGCGCUGUUAACUCCGCGCAUUCACUGUGUCUCAGAGCAGAAUGGCGCUCCUGAUCACCUCUAUCUACCUGCUGUGUGUAGCCGCGGCGCUCGGCCAGCAGGACGGCUGUGUGUGGGACUCCGGCGCGGAGGUGAAGCAGGGACUGGACCCGGCGUCCAGGGAGGCGGGCGCGACCACCGCAGCUCACCUGCCGGAGGUUCGGGAGGACGAGCGCUGCCAGGCGGAGUGCUGCGGAAGGGACGACUGCCAGCUGGCCGUGAUCGGAACCCCCGCGGACGGCCUGCCCGAGUGCUUUCUAGUGAACUGUCUGAAGGAUGGAAAAGAUGUGUGUAGUUUAGUGCCGAGCACCCAGUUCAGAUCAUACCGGAAGAUCAGCAGCGAGCCCGAAACCCGCUCCUCCAACAUCUCCUCAGAUGACUGCCGUACCCAGAAGGUCGUAGGUAAUUGCCGAGCUUCUUUUCCUCGAUUCUACUAUGACGUCACCAACCAAACCUGCAAACCCUUUACCUAUGGUGGAUGUGGAGGCAACAAUAACAACUUCCUCACACUGCAGGAGUGUGAAACAGCGUGUACUGGGGUAACAGGUGAUUUAAUUGUUGUCCCUCAAACCAUCCAAAAGCGCAGAAUGGUAGAAUCUGGGAAAACUGAAGAUACCACUCCUACAGCUCCACUGCCUACAAUGACAUCAAAGGAGUUUGCAGAGAAGUGUCAGGCGGAGAAAAAGGUGGGGCCCUGCAGGGCGUCAAUGCCUCGCUUCUUCUACAAUAGUGGGACCUGCCAGAGGUUUACAUACGGUGGAUGCAAGGGCAACAAUAACAACUACCUCUCAGAGGAGGAGUGCAUGAAAACCUGCACAGUGACUGUUGUGGACGACGUCACAGAUGCCACACCCACGACUCCACCACCUAAAAAGGCAUCCGAUGAGUAUGCAGAGAAGUGCCUUGCUCCUGCUUAUACUGGAAUGUGCCGGGGGUCUUUUACGAUGUUAUAUUUUGAUGCCAGCACUCAGUCCUGCAAGUUCUUCACCUACGGAGGCUGUGGUGGAAACAGGAACCGGUACACAUCUGAGGAGGAGUGCAUGUCCCAGUGUAAAGAUGGGGAAUUUGAUGAGCAUGGACACAGGAGACGUGACCGCUGGACUCCAGCCUUCUUCCUGGUGGCAACACUGGCUGUAAUAUCAGUGAUACUGCUUGUUGGCCUGCUGCUGAUCUCCUCUCGCCGGAACAAAAAGCUUCUGACCAUUACACUGGACGAUAAGCAGGAGCUGCUGCCCGAGGAGUAUCCUCCUGCAGUGGAAACACCUAAACAAUAAUACAUAUCUCUCCUCUGUCAGCGCUGCAUUGCUACACUCCAAAACUAGUCUAACAGCCCUGAUUCACAAUAUCAAUGUCUGAGAAAUAUUUAGAAGAAACCAUUUAGUUCUAUAUCAUUUCCUGCAAUGAAAACAAUUAAAAGCAUGUGUAAUAUGGUCUGUUAAGUUAAUCACUGAUGUUAAUAUUUUUUAGGCAAUCCGGAGACAUUUGCUUUUGUAAGAGUUGUUAUUAUUGAUUAUAGUAAAACUGGAUUUGCUGUUCUGUUCUAAAUUAUUAGCACGGUUAAAGAAUCUGGAACUUGAGAAUGAGAGUUAUAGGACUGAAACCUUGUUGUGUCCUAAACUUUAAGAAAAUCUUUAAUCAUUAUCAUUAUUAUCGAUGUUGAUAAAACAUGGUGGCAUUGUACAUCUUCUCCAUUGUGAUGUACAUAAUUUAUACCAAACUGGGAGUAAUUUAUCAAAAGAUGACUGGUUGAAAGCACAAUAAUUAGUUAAUUCAAUAAAACAUCUUUGCUGUCAUACUAAAACCUUUUAAAUUUUUGCAGAUUUUGACUUUUUGCCAUCAUAUAGAAAUAUAAAAUUAGUUCAGCCUUUCAUGUUUUUUCCCCCCCAAUUAUAUAGUUUUUCUUAUUAAUUCAUUAUACAUGGGUUUAACACUACACUCCCACAUUAGAUAAGGGCAGCAUAUUUAAAUGGUACACAGCAGAACAUGCUGACUCAACAGAGUAGCUAAAGUGUAUGCACAUCCUUAUUUUGCCACUACCUUUUAUGGUCUUAUUCAUAUACACUUUACUUAUGGUUUGUUUAAUGUACAUACAAAAAUAAUUGAACUAACUGAGAACUGUUACUAUACUUUUACUAAUCACUAAAUACUGUUAAAUUUCAUACAAAAAAUAAUCAAAUGCAGCAACACAUUCUUAACAAGUGAAUAUUAAACUAUGCUGCUUCCAUUAAACAGGAGUAGUAAUAAUUCUGUAAUGAAAAGUACAGUUUGGUCAACGAUGCUGACCUCAACAAUAUGCUCUGAGAAGUAUAUUGUGUAGCACAAUGUGUUUGUUUGUUUGUGUCUUAAACUUGUUUAAAUCGAAAUGAUCAUUUUCUGUCAUGGGAGACAUUCACUGUGCUUCUUAUGUUAAUGACAUAUUGUAUGUAAUUGUAAGAAUUAUUUCAAUAGAAAGUAUCAAGAGUUUGCCAUCAUAUAUUGUACACACUUUGGUUCACGAUGUAAUGUAUUUCUGGUUGUUUCUAUUUUUCUUAAGUUUUCUAUUAUAUUUGGCUCAGUUUCUGAAGUUCUUUUUUUUAAUUUCAUGAUUUAAAAUACAAUAAUAAAGAAAUUAUGAUUUUA